GCCCGACUGGGGGAGGGAUUCGGCCGGAGUUUGGUUGGAAAUGCAGAGUUCGGGACUGGGGACAGAGGAGAUCAAGGUUCGGGAGAGAACGCGGGGGUGGAGAGGCGCGGUCGACAAGUAGAGCGCAAGAGCUGGAAGUAGAGCAGAAAGGAGACAGAGUAGGAGAGGGCCUCCCGCCUCCUGGGCUCUCCUUCUCGGUCUGGGAGUUCCUCCUCCCCACUGCUGAACCCUGUUCAAAGUCGCGCGCCUUUCCCUGCGUAUGGCAUUACGUCAUACAUAAGGUCUCCGAGAUGGUGUGGAUGAGACAAUGCUCAAUGAGACAAUUCCCCCAAUAAACACGCAUGCGUAGCGGCCCACUGUUUUCAGUGAGUUCAGUGACCAGUCUGGAAGUUUUGAAAGGUUAGACAUGAAUAGAUCCUUCAUUAAUUGUGCAUUUCGAUUCAGAUUUGUUGAGUCUUUCCCUCCAAAUAGCUGCAAUCCCUCGUCUGCCAAAUCUGUAAACACCUCCAGCCCCAAUACCUCUGCUUUUAUCUCCUAUUCUUGACUGCCACGGCUAUCCCACAUAGCGCUAAACUCCAGAUAUUUGUAAACCAUAUUGAAUGUCCCAUCAUUUCUCGGUUUCAAAGCGUCCUUAAAACCUUUGCAUAGGUCUUUGAUCAUGUUUCCCCAGUCUGCUCCCAUAUAUGAGGGUGAAGCCUUACUACCUUUAACAUUCAUAGUAUGGAAGCAGGCCAUUGGGCCUAGUGAGUCCAUGCCGACCCUCCGAAGAGCAUCCACCCAGACCUAGCCGUCUCUUACCUUGUCCCUGUAUUUCCCACCCUAGACAUUAUGGGCAAUUUUACAUAGCUAAUCCACCUAACCUGCGCAAUUUUGGGCUGUGGGAGUAAACCCACGCAGACACGGAGGGAAUAUGCAAACUCCACACACACAUUCGCCCGAGGCUGGAAUCGAACCCGGGAGCCUGGCACCGUGCCGCCUAAUGAAGAUGUCUUGGUACCGCUUUCUCCAUAUUAGCAGCAGUGUGAAGCAUCUGUUCAGAGCUGACUUUCAAGGACGGGAACCAUGGAAAUGUUGGAUAAGGAAGCAUCUACCUGCAGUAACUGCAAGACGUUGGAAACAUGGUGCUGCAGAUUCGUUGAACUGUUCCUGGUUGAUGCAUGAUCAACACUUGGAAUUGAAGUAUAGUGACAUGGUGAUGCGAUUAAAUUACGUUUGGCUGCGAGAUCAUUGUCGCUCUGCAUCGUGUUACAACCCAAAGACUAAUCAGCGGAGCUUGGACACAGCUCAGGUGGAUUUGGCUAUUAAGCCAGCAAAGAUACAUUCUGACAAUGAUACAAUCUACAUAACCUGGCCAGAUAAUCACAUGACCAAAUACGCCUUGUCAUGGUUGGCAAAAUAUUCUUUUGAAGGCCAGAAACAGACAGUCCAACGUCGUAUCCUCUGGAAUGCUUCCAUUUAUAAUGAAGCCAACAUGCCUUAUGUUACUUACAAUUCUGUGAUGGAGUCGGAUGAGGAACUGAAAAAAUUUUUGGAAACCUUCCUGCUUUAUGGCAUUGCUUUUGUUGAUGAAGUUCCUGUGAGUGUUGAGGCAACAGAAGCUGUAGCUUUACGUGUUGGUUUGAUCAGGGAGUCUAUUUUUGGCCGAAUGUGGGAUUUUACUUCGGAUUUUUCUCGUGGCGACACUGCAUACACAAAGGUGGCUCUGGAUCGCCAUACAGACACUACUUAUUUUCAGGAACCUUGUGGAGUUCAACUGUUCCAUUGUUUGAGGCAUGACGGAACUGGUGGAAGAACACUGUUGCAGGAUGGGUUUCAUGCUGCCGAAAACGUACGAAAAGAAAAUCCACAUAACUUUGAAGUGCUUACUAAAGUACCAAUAAAACAUGAAUACAUAGAGAAUGUAGGAGGAUGCCACAAUCACAUGAUUGGAAUUGGACCAGUUCUGAAUGUUUAUCCUUGGAAUAAUGAAUUAUACCUAAUGAGGUAUAACAAUUAUGACCGAACCAUUAUAAACACAGUACCUCAUGACGUUGUUCAUCAAUGGUAUGUUGCACAUCGAGCCCUUACGACAGAACUCCGAAAACCAGAGAAUGAAAUCUGGGUGAAACUCAAACCUGGAAAGGUUUUAUUUGUUGAUAAUUGGAGAGUCCUUCAUGGACGUGAUGCAUUUACUGGAUACCGUCGCCUGUGUGGCUGUUACCUGGUGAGAGAUGAUGUACUGAACACUGCAAGAUUCAUUGGGAUCGAGAUUUGAAAAACAAAUUUCUGAACUUCGUAUACAAUUUGUUGACUUCAGAGUUUUGACAUCUAUCUGAAUUUUAAAUUUACUUUUUUGAACUAUGAAUUGCUGGUGGAGCAUCUUAAAGAUCUUGAUGAACUGUAUAUUCACUGAAUGAGACAGUUUCACAAAUUAUAUUUAGUUUGCCCUGCUGAACCAUAAUGUUAGUUUUAAAGCUUUAAUUAUUAUUAUCUUUCAACUACUGCCCUUCUUUUCAUUUUGACCCACCCUCCUCCUAAUGGAUUAAUGAAGUUUAUUAUUCCAAUUAUGUAAAGUGAAAUUCGUUGUAUACAGUUGGCAAAGAAAUUGUGAUUUGGAAUCAUU